GCUGGCUCGUGUGCUUUCAGGAACAUGCAGAAUAGUGAAAGCUGGUCGAGGAGCAUCAGUCCUGCAAAAACAUGACAUACGCAAUAUCUCCACACUAAUACCGCAUCGCACGCAGAAGAAAACAACACAACUGGAGGGAAACGCACAUGCUUCUUCGUUAAACAGCUGGGUUUAUUAUUUUUUAUGAACAACAAAUUGCGGGUGGAGGAACGGUCAUGAGGAAGUCCACAACAGUGUUUGUAGGCAUGCUUGUCUCGCUGUGUUUUGCCCCUAAACAAAUUUAUUAGAGGAUUAAUCGGUCUGGCAGUACUCCACAUUGAUGACAACAGUUCUAAUAUAAUAUGGGGCUUUCAAAUUUCUAAGGUUUUUUUUGGUGAUUGACGUUUGAUUUACAUUGGCUUUUUUGUUGGUUGAUUUGUUUGUUUGUUUUCUGGCAAAAUAAUACAUUCAAUCAGCAUUUUUUUUCAUCCUCGGGGAAACUAAACGAAAAAAGCCCACGGUUUUGCGACCUGUGCUGCUACCUCACACCUGAAAGAAUUCAUCUUUUAUCCUGGAUUUGGACGCUAUACGGAUCUGUUUGCCGCCGAUCUCGUCGAGAGAGAGAGAGAGAGAGAGAGAAGGGGGGAGAGAGGGAGAGAGAGGGCGAAGCACUGUUGAUUUCCAUUUAAUUUUCAACAAAAUCCAACACGGGGGAUCUGGAAAAAGGACAAUGAAUCAGCAGUUCACUUCGUAGAUAUUUUUUUUUUUCACUUGGAGAAAAAAAGAAGGGAGAUCCACGGAAAAAGAAGAGAACUCAGCGGUGCAAGAACACAGCGUUAGAAUCGUGGGGGCUGAUCCAAAGACGAUGGUUCACUGUGCGGCGUGCGAGAGGCCCAUACUGGACAGGUUUCUCCUGAACGUUCUGGACAGAGCCUGGCACGUCAAGUGCGUCCAGUGUUGCGACUGCAAAUGCAAUUUAACAGAGAAGUGUUUCUCUCGCGAAGGGAAACUGUACUGCAAAAAUGACUUCUUUAGGCGAUUUGGUACGAAGUGCGCCGGCUGUGCUCAGGGGAUCUCGCCGAAUGACCUGGUUCGAAGGGCAAGGAGCAAAGUGUUCCAUUUGAACUGUUUCACGUGCAUGAUGUGUAACAAACAGCUUUCCACCGGGGAAGAACUGUACAUCAUAGAUGAAAAUAAAUUUGUUUGUAAAGAAGAUUACCUGGCCAGCAGCACAAGAGGGGACACCAACCUUCUUUCCGUUACCGCGUGCAGUGAUCCAAGUUUGUCUCCAGAUUCCCAAGACCCGCAGGACGAUUGUAAAGACUCGGAGACCGGACAUCUAUCGGACAAAGAAACGACUAACAAUGAAAACGACGACCAGAACCUUGGAGGAAAACGACGUGGACCGCGGACUACCAUAAAGGCCAAGCAACUUGAGACCCUAAAAGCAGCUUUCGCGGCAACCCCGAAACCCACGCGACACAUCAGGGAGCAGCUCGCGCAAGAAACUGGGCUCAACAUGCGUGUCAUUCAGGUGUGGUUCCAGAACCGGCGAUCCAAAGAAAGACGAAUGAAGCAGCUGAGUGCGCUGGGUGCAAGGAGACACGCGUUUUUCCGAAGCCCGAGGAGAAUGAGAACGCUCGUGGAUCGACUCGAACCCGGGGAACUGAUCCCGAAUGGACAUUUCUCAUACUAUGGGGAUUAUCAAAGCGAAUACUUCGGUCCGGGAGGAAACUAUGACUACUUCCCACAAGGUCCCCCAUCAUCGCAGGCACAGACCCCAGUGGACCUCGCCUUCGUGCCCUCCUCCGGGCCCGCGGGCACCCCCCUCGGGGGCAUGGACCAUCCCCUCCCCGGGCACCACCCGUCCAGCGAGGUGCAGCGGUUCUCCGACAUCCUGUCCCACCACCCGGGCGACUCGCCCAGCCCGGAGCCCGGGGUCCCGGGCCCCCUCCACGGCAUCUCCUCGGAGGUGUUCGGCCCCAGCCCGCCCUUUACCUCACUCUCCCUAAACGGCAACGGAUACAACAACCACCUGUCUCACCCCCCGUCCGAACUGAACGAAGGCACCGUUUGGUAGCCAGAGAAUAAUGGGGACAAGCGGUGCGCUGGAGGGGAAAGGAACUUGUGACGGAUGAAAAGAAGUGGGACAGAAGCUACGCCAUUUUCGUUAUUUCUAUUUAUUUAUUUAUUUAUUCACCCCUUCCCUGGUGUGAUUUUGUUGGGGUGAUUAAGAAAUAUAUAUACAUAUAUAUAUAUAUAUAUGAAAAAGCAGCGACAAUGGACAUGCUGUAAACAUUUACCUUUAUACACUACGUUGACUUUUUAUUUUUAUUUUUUUCCAAAACAAAAUAAUACCAACAGCACCAACCAUGUAAGGAACUGGACGUGAUUGCUGACUAAUCACAUGCUUUGUAUUGAAAUGAGCAGAGCAAUGCCCCCUUCAGAAGUAUUCAAUGCAUGAUUAGGGAAAGCAGUCACACUGAAAUUCUAUCUAUGAAACAUGUGAACAUUAGCAACUGUCAAGUAAACUGACAAGUUUUAUAGACAAAAUACUUAGACCAUGAUUCAAUCUAACUGAAAUGUGCUUUAAAAUCAUUAUAUUCCAGGAACUAGUUUAAAUUCCAAGAACUAAUUUUGAGAAAGUGUUACCCAUUUUCUGUAUUACAGAGCUUUGCUAUUUUGUUAGUCUCUCAAAUAACAGGAUGUAUAAUAUACAAAUAUUCUAGGUCUGUCUUUUUUACCCAGAGUUCACAACACAAGGAUUAUAUUGACGGAUAAACUGAUUAUUGCCUUGGGACAGUUAGUCUGUAAUACUGGCUCCAGGAAUUUUAAAGGCUUCAAGUUCACAUGUUUGUACUCUGUAUCAGCGACCUCUUUCACCUCCACGGGCUCUGCCAUAUUGACGCUUAAAGACCUCUUUGACUCAAUGCGCAUUUCUGAAGGCUGGGGGAAUUGUUUUCUAUCUGGACUUUGCUGGGUUUUUUUUUUUUGUUUGUUUUGGUAUUUUCCUCAUUUUUUUUUCAAGAUUUCUGCCAAAUUCCAAGAAGUUGGCCUUCAAAAGGCAAACUUUAAAAACACUAUAUGGAUUGUAAACCCUUUAUUUAUUGGAAAAGAACUUGAAAUGUUAAAUGAAGUCUACCUUCUAAAAAUACACGAACAAGGGUCUGUGAGGAACUUAGAACAGUCAACUGUUUACGUAAUAUAUUUCAUUCAGGAGUUUAAAUAUCAACUCUGUUUUAGAACCUCUUGAUCCAGAUAAAAAAAUGUUUCAAGCAACCAACCAAACUUUUGUAUUAAUUUUAUUUAUAUUGUAUGAUGAAAAAAAAGUUUGCUGGGGUCGUGGUUCACUGUGCUAGUUUGUACAAGAUGGUGUUUACAAAAAAUUGUAAAAAUUAAAAAAAACAAAAGUAGUCAGUUGCCAAAUAAAAAUAUAGCACAAAUACUGUAAACGUGCUUUGCACCAUUAACUGCUGAACAUGUUCAAACAAAGUGUAAGUGUGUUCAAAAAAGAUAAGAAGUAUUCACUUCUUAAUUUUUUAGCCUGAUGAGGAACGUUCAUACAAAUUGUUAAUGUAACAUACUUAGACCAACAGGCUUUAUUUUUGUGUCUUUAAAUGAAAAUUCAAACUUAUUAAACAUUGAUGGUCAAAUAUGCAGCCAGCAGCUGCUAUGUUCUUUAAAUAUCAAACCCCUCAUGGUAUGUCUUUUAUUGUUCUAAUAAACCUAAGCUUAUGUGACCUCCAGUGCAUAUUAGACCAUUCACUGUAUAAGUACAACAUGUUGAAAAAUUUGUGAGUUUUUAAUAAAAUUUGAAAAGAUAAAUAAA